AAGAGUGAUUCAGUAUGUUUAUUGAUGAUGAUCAUUUGUCUCGUAAUUAUAUGCGGCGAGGAGAGAAGCAAAGUGUGGUGUGUUGAUCUUGCAACAAGUACAAUCACAUGGUGUACAUGAUUAGAUGAUUGGUCUUUCAAGAUUUACUGGUGUCCUGGGAUUAGCACCAAAAUUCCUCGGUAUCAGUUUCAUCAUUUACAAUCCAAGAUGAGUCUUCGGAAUCUCUUAGUCUCAUCUUGGUGUUCCAGGACAACCACAUAACUAUCCUCACUUUUGUAUCAUCAUCUGUCUUUGAGUUUAGGGUUUAUGGAAAAUUUGAUCCAAGUUUUUUUGAUUAUGGCUAGUUGUAGCCAUUGGCUUUUAUUGUUGAUUCUCGUUUAGAUUUGUAUCUUUUCCAUGUGUUUACUCGCUGGAGGAUCAAUCUUCCAGCUAUGAAGUCAUUGCUUCUUGAGUUUUUGGUCAAGCUAGCUUCUAAAGAAAAGAGCCAAGGCCCGUGGUCAAGCUAGGUCUCUCGGCAAAUUCUUAUUAUGCUUACAAAAUUAGAACAUAUUACGAAGCCCAUUUAGUUCAUGAGUGGUGCAGGAAAACUAUGGUAUCAGUUUGGUUUUAUUUUUAGGAAUUUAAACUUGGUAAAACAUUUUAAAUUUGGACUUUUUCUCUGUCCCUCUGUUUCCGCCGCCAAAAAUAUGCAAACACUUUUCUUUUCAACACAUUAAUAUCCUUUUGAAUCUCCUAUAUAAAAUUGUCUACCUCAACACAUUAAUUAUCAAAAGCACCUUCUACUGAAAAACAAUAUAAACUAAACAAUGAAGUUUUCAUAUUCUUUAUCCAAACGAUUUGUUUUCCCUAAUUUGGCCAUCCAAUUCCUCAUAAUACAUAGUGUUUCAUCACUGAACAUUACCAAUGAGUAUCUCAACCACAAAUGCUUCCUUAAUCAAGGAAUAUAUAAUUCUGGAAGUGAGUACAAGGACAGUCUCAACAUUCUCUUUCGUAAAGUUCGUACUGAUGAUUAUGCUCGGACCGGUUUCAUGCACCUAACUAAGGGCCCUGCUUCUGAUUCUGUCACCGUCAUGUUCCAGUGUCGUGGUGACUCUUAUGGAUCUAAAUGCCGUACAUGCGCUGACACUGCAGUCGCUGGGUUUCGUAAGAGAUGUCCGAGGAACAAAGGAGGUAUAAUAUGGUACGACCAAUGUUUUCUUUGGGUUAGUGCAAUUGGUGAAUCAAUGUCAAUCAAAACUAAUUACAAGAAUAUUUUUUCUAUGUACAAUCCAAAUAAUGUGAGAGGAGAUGCAAAAUUGUUCGCCAAGAGGGUGGUGGAUUUUUUUUCUGAGCUGACACUUAAAGUCAAGAAAAACACUGAGGCCGGCUCCAUCAUCAUACUUUACGCGGCAGGGGAAAAGAAGCUAGGGAAAAAUACAUUGUAUGCAAUGGUGCAGUGUGUAAGCCUAACAAUAGAUUGUAAAAGUUGUUUGGCAUGGAGUAUAACAAAGCUUUUCAAGAAUGGUGACAUCAGAGAAGGAGGGAGAGUUUUGGGUAUGAACUGUGAUGUAAGAUAUGAGAUAUACCCUUUUCUUAGAAGUUAAGCAUUUUUUUAUAGUGGUGAUAAAUACAUCCUCUUCAUUUUUUUCCAAUUAUGUUUUAGUUUGUUUCUCUUUAUUUUUUCUGAAAUGUAAUAUUCAUAUUUUAAUAAAUAAUGUUCACAAAAACAAAUAUAAAGAAAUUGUUUAGAAGAUUAAAAUGGAAUUUUUUUUUGUUAAACAAUAGAGGUGAUUGGUUGAAAUGUAACUGUAAAAACUUUACUGUAGAAUUUAGGCAGUAAGGUUUUUCGAUUUAGCUGUAAAAGAUGUAGAUUUAAAAUUGAUUGCUACAUAAAUAUAUUGUCUACAGCCAAAAAGAUGGAGCUUUAGAAAAUAAGGGUUUUACAGUUUUUUUACUGUAGCUUUUAAAAACAAGAUAAA